UGAGAGGCGCGCGCGGGCGGGCUGGGCGGAUUCGAGCGGCUGCGCGGCGGUUGGCGAGGCAGACAGUGUGGCCGCGUCGCCGUGAGGGGAACGGUUCCCCGCUGACAGCUCCGCGUCUUCCGGCCGCGCCACCCGGGAGGCGGCUUCCUCCCGGCGCUCCCUCCGCGCGGCCUCUGAGGAGCAGCCGAAGGCGACGGCUGAGGUCGUCGGGGGCGGCGGGCGGGGAGCGCGCUCCCCCCUUACCCGGCGGCGGCCGCAGGACAAUGGAGGUGGCUGUGGAGAAGGCGGCGGCGGCCGCGGCUCCGGCGAUGGGGGCCGGGGGCCCGGCAGCCGCGAGCGGGGAGAACGAGGCCGAGAGCCGGCAGGGCCCAGACUCGGAGCGCGGCGGCGAGGCGGCCCGGCUCAACCUGUUGGACACUUGCGCCGUGUGCCACCAGAACAUCCAGAGCCGGACGCCCAAGCUGCUACCCUGCCUGCACUCGUUCUGCCAGCGCUGCCUGCCCGCGCCCCAGCGCUACCUCAUGCUGACCGCGCCCGUCCUGGGCUCGGCCGAGACCCCGCCGCCCGUCCCCGCCCCCGGCUCUCCGGCCAGCGGCCCGUCGCCGUUCGCCACACAAGUUGGAGUCAUUCGAUGCCCAGUGUGCAGUCAAGAAUGUGCAGAGAGACAUAUCAUAGAUAACUUUUUUGUGAAGGACACUACUGAGGUUCCCAGCAGUACAGUAGAAAAGUCUAAUCAGGUGUGUACAAGCUGUGAAGACAAUGCAGAAGCGAAUGGGUUUUGUGUAGAGUGUGUCGAAUGGCUCUGCAAGACUUGCAUUAGAGCUCACCAAAGGGUGAAGUUCACAAAAGACCACACUGUCAGACAGAAAGAGGAAGUAUCUCCAGAGGCAGUUGGUGUGACCAGUCAGCGACCAGUGUUUUGUCCUUUCCAUAAAAAGGAGCAGUUGAAGCUUUACUGUGAGACAUGUGACAAACUGACCUGUCGAGAUUGCCAACUUCUAGAACACAAAGAACAUAGAUAUCAAUUUAUAGAAGAAGCUUUUCAGAACCAAAAAGUGAUCAUAGAUACACUUAUCACCAAGCUGAUGGAAAAAACAAAAUACAUAAAAUAUACAGGAAAUCAGAUCCAAAACAGAAUAAUUGAAGUAAAUCAAAAUCAGAAGCAGGUGGAACAGGAUAUUAAAGUUGCUAUCUUUACAUUGAUGGUUGAAAUAAAUAAAAAAGGAAAAGCUCUUCUGCACCAGCUAGAGAGCCUUGCAAAGGACCAUCGCAUGAAACUCAUGCAGCAACAACAGGAAGUGACUGGACUGUCUAAGCAGUUAGAGCAUGUAAUGCACUUUUCCAAGUGGGCAGUUUCCAGUGGCAGCAGUACGGCCCUGCUGUACAGCAAGCGGCUGAUUACAUACCGGUUACGGCACCUUCUUCGUGCAAGGUGUGAUGCUUCUCCAGUGACCAACAACACCAUCCAGUUUCACUGUGAUCCUAGUUUCUGGGCCCAAAAUAUUAUCAAUUUAGGUUCUUUAGUAAUCGAAGAUAAAGAGAGCCAGCCACAAAUGCCUAAGCAGAAUCCUGUCGUGGAACAGAAUUCCCAGCCACCAGGUGGUUUAUCUUCCAACCAGUUAUCCAAGUUUCCAACACAGAUCAGCCUAGCUCAGUUACGACUCCAGCAUAUGCAGCAACAGGUAAUGGCUCAGAGGCAACAGGUGCAACGGAGGCCAGCACCUGUGGGUUUACCAAACCCUAGAAUGCAGGGGCCAAUCCAGCAGCCUUCCAUCUCUCAUCAGCAACCGCCACCACGUCUAAUAAACUUUCAGAAUCACAGUCCUAAGUCCAAUGGACCAGUCCUUCCUCCUCAUCCUCAACAGCUGAGAUAUUCACCAAACCAGAAUAUGCCACGGCAGGCAAUAAAACCCAACCCCCUACAGAUGGCCUUUCUGGCUCAACAGGCCAUAAAACAGUGGCAGAUCAGCAGUGGCCAGACUACCCCCACCACCGCCAGCAGCUCAUCUUCUACUCCCUCCAGUCCCACGAUCACAAGUGCAGCAGGAUAUGAUGGAAAAUCUUUUAGUUCACCUAUGAUUGAUUUGAGUUCACCAGUGGGAGGUUCAUAUAAUCUUCCUUCUCUUCCAGAUAUUGAUUGUUCAAGUACUAUCAUGUUGGACAAUAUUUCGAGGAAAGAUACAAGUAUAGAUCAUGGCCAGCCAAGACCACCAUCAAACAGAACAGUUCAGUCCCCAAAUUCGUCAGUGCCAUCUCCAGGCCUUACAGGACCUGUUACUAUGACUAGCGUCCACCCCCCAAUACGUUCACCUAGUGCCUCCAGCGUUGGGAGCCGAGGAAGCUCUGGCUCUUCUAGCAAACCAGCAGGAGCUGAUUCUACACACAAAGUCCCAGUAGUCAUGUUGGAGCCAAUCCGAAUAAAACAAGAAAACAGUGGACCACCUGAAAAUUAUGAUUUUCCUGUUGUUAUAGUGAAACAAGAAUCUGAUGAAGAAUCUAGACCUCAAAAUACCACCUAUCCAAGAAGCAUACUUACUUCCCUCCUUUUAAAUAGUAAUCAGAACUCUUCGUCUGAGGAAACUGUACUAAGAUCUGAUGCCCCUGAUAGCACAGGAGACCAACCUGGACUUCAUCAGGAAAAUCCCUCAAAUGGAAAGUCUGAGUGGCUGGAUGCCUCCCAGAAGUCUCCACUUCAUGUUGGAGAGAUGAGGAAGGAGGAAGACCCCAAUGAAGACUGGUGUGCAGUUUGUCAGAAUGGAGGGGAACUUCUGUGCUGUGAAAAGUGUCCCAAAGUGUUCCAUCUUUCUUGUCAUGUGCCCACAUUGACAAACUUCCCAAGUGGAGAAUGGAUUUGUACUUUCUGCCGAGACUUAUCUAAACCAGAAGUUGAAUAUGAUUGUGAUGCUCCCAGUCACAACUCAGAAAAAAGGAAAACUGAAGGCCUUAUUAAAUUAACACCAAUAGAUAAAAGGAAAUGUGAACGCCUACUUCUAUUUCUUUAUUGCCAUGAAAUGAGCUUGGCUUUUCAAGACCCUGUUCCUCUGACUGUGCCUGAUUAUUAUAAAAUAAUUAAAAACCCAAUGGACUUGUCAACCAUCAAGAAAAGACUUCAAGAAGAUUAUUACAUGUAUACGAAGCCUGAAGAUUUUGUAGCUGAUUUUAGAUUGAUCUUUCAAAACUGUGCUGAAUUCAAUGAGCCUGAUUCAGAAGUCGCCAAUGCUGGCAUAAAGCUUGAAAGCUAUUUUGAAGAACUCCUAAAGAACCUUUAUCCAGAAAAAAGGUUUCCUAAACUGGAAUUCAGGAAUGACUCAGAAGAUAAUAAAUUCAGUGAUGAUUCAGAUGAUGACUUUGUUCAGCCCCGGAAGAAGCGCCUCAAAAGCAUUGAGGAGCGCCAGCUGCUGAAAUAAGCAGCGUCGAGCAGAAGCUUGUUCUUAGGAUUUUUUUGUUUAAAAAAAUAAAAAACAUUGUCAGUAAUUUAACAUCAUGACAAAGAAGGGUUUCUGGGCUCUUUGAUCGUUUUUGCUGUUUACUGGACUUUGAUUUCCUUAAUAACCCAUCUCUUUUAACCUCUUACCAUUAAUAAGAAUAAAAAAGAGGAAGGAAGGAAAUGUGAAAGAAGAGAAGGAAAGGAGGAAGAAAAGAUAAUAGGAAGAGAAGAGACAGCAAAGCAAACAAAAUAAAAAGACAUUCUUCCUGCUUCCUGGAUUUCAUACAGUUUGGAGUAAAAGCUACUGUAGAAAGAAAGAGACUUUGAACUAAGUUGAGAUUUUAAUGUCAUUUGAGUGUGUGCGUUAAUCCAUAUUUAGAAUAUUAAUGCCACUUCCCAUGAUUAUGACCCAACUGUAAGAGUUAGGUGUACUGCACUAAAAGAACGUGCGUGGUAUCCCAGGAUGCUUGCUGGGAAAGGUGGUAGAUAAAUGCGAUUAGGAUACCUAAUAGUAUUUCAUGUAAGAGGGCAAAUGGAUUAAAGGAAAAUCAGGAAAACAAAUGUUUGAUUAUUGUUUUUGUUUUUAUCUUUGUUAGAGAUGUUGGAUAUAGCAGGUUUUUCAGGGCCAUUUUUCAUUUAUUUCUAGAUCUAGGUUUUCUUAAGCUUUGCUUGAAGGAACUAAGUGUGCCAUUUUACAUUUCCAGUAUGUGGUCUGUUUGGGUUUUUUUUUUUUUUUUUUUGGUUUUUUGACUGUGCAGAUGGUCUUUGUAGAGCAAGCUUCAUUGCCUGCAGUGUGGCUUUUAGUAGAACUAUCCAAAAUGUAGAAGAGAGUAGGGUGCAUCAUAUUUGGUAUGAGAUUUCUUCAGCAUGUACCCUGGUGGCCACUAAAUUUAAGUUCCCCUAACAGGAACUAAUUUUGUGGCUUUCACCUGUCUUUAUAAUUUCAAAUGAAAAUACAUUGUGGGGUUUGGGAGACAGCAGUUGGGGUGGGGAUAGUGAAAAAAAAUACUUUUUCCUGAAACAUUUCUUUCCUGGUUUCUGUUUGCUUAUUUUCUUUCAAGAGAACCUCACAUUUCAUGUUUGACCUGCCUUAAUUCAGAAUUUCAUUUUCUUUCUGGUAGAGAUACAAACGGUCUAUCUUUUGAGACAGGCAUAGUCUUAAUGGGCGAGAUCCAGCCAGGUUGACAUCCAUGUAUUCCUCUUGCUUGUUUGGUGAUUUUUUUUUUUUUUAAUUUUUUAGGCUCAGAUGAACAAAGCAACAAGAAAAGUAGGUUAAGAUAGAAUAAAGUUGUGCCAUAUACUAAUCCAAUAUUUGACAAAAUACUCAAGAAUAAUUUGCCAUAGAACUUUUAUUAUUGAGGCAUAUUUGACUAGAAGAAUUUUUUAGGGUGACAGUAAAAACACAGCUUUCAGCUGGAUGUGGUGGCAUAUACCUGUAAUGGCAGCACUUGGGAGGUAGAGUUAGGAAAAUCAGGAGUUCAGGGUCAUCCUACAUAGUUUGAGACCAGCCUAGACUACUUGAGACCCUUUCUGAAAACAAACACCUAAAAACAGACUUGGUUUGUCCAAAUCACAAUACUACUUUAUUACACAUUAUUACUAAGAUAAUUUGAGAGUAUUGUAUGAAUGAUUCAUUGAUAAAGUUAUAAGGAAAAAAUAACUUCUUAGCAAUAGCUUCCCAUUUUCCAAAUGUAUUAUCUAUAAUAUGUCAGUUAUAUAUUGUGAAAACAUCUUAAUCACUUUUCUAAAUAUGUGUUGUAUGGUGGUUUGUUGUUAUUGAUUUGAAUAUGCAGUUGACAUUUGUUCUCCAAAGACUAUUUGAACAAAUUUUUUUAAUACAUAUAAACCUUUGGGAAGGGAGAGUUUGAGACAGGGUUUCAUGCUUAGUCCAGUCUAGCCUUGAACUCCUGGUCUUCUUCCCUCCACCUCCCAGGUGCUAGGAUUAAAGGAGUGUGACUUUGGGGUUUUGUUGGUGUUUGGUGUUCAAGGUGGGUGGGUAAAACAUUUGUCUUUAAAUUGUUUAAUUUGGUCCACUAUUGUUAGUGCAACAACUGUGGAACUUUUGUUAAUAGGUUCAUUGUUGCUAUCUUAGAUACUGCUCUCUGAGAGGUAUCACUAAGUACGGGGAAGGUAGGGCUUAAGAAAGAUAAACAUUCCUAAGUGUAUUUGAGGCAGAAUUUCUUUUACUCUAUCCCAAACUGCCACUCUUGUAUUCCAUGCCACGUGAAUCUUUUAAAAUGACACUAUUUCAUGAAUAACCAUCUUUUGCUGAUUGAAAGACAAUUGAGAACCGUGUUUCCUGUAAUUAUGCAUAAUACAUUAUUAAAAGUAAAUGUCUUGGGUUUCUCCAAGUAACACUUUUGUCAUGGUCUCAUGACAUAAUCAUUAACAAGUACCACUGUGUUCAGUGGAUCCUAGCUAAAUGGUCCUUAAAUUCGAAGAGGCUUAAAGAUUUGCCUAACCCCUCCACACUGAUUUUGAGAGCACACAUUCUAAAUAUGUAUUAUGUGGUAAUAUUUGUUGUAUUGAUUUGAAUAUACAGUUGAUAUUUGUUCUCCAAAGUCUAUUUGAGCAAAUUUUUAUAAUACAUACAAACCUUUGGGAAGAGUGAGGUUGAGACAGUUUCAUGUUCAGUCCAGCCUGGCCUUGAGCUCCUGGUCCUCUCUACCCCCCAGGUGCUGGCAUUAAAGGAGUAUGACUUAGGGGUUUUGUUGUUUGGGUGUUUAGGGGAGGAUGAAUAAUACAUUUAACACCACCACCCCCAUUUUUUUUUCAGUUCGGUGUGAUUUAGCAGCCUUGACCUAAGUUUGCUGCCGUAAACAUACUGAGAGUCCUGCAUCAAAGCUCCAGGGUGUGUGAUAACAUGUGUAGUAAACACCCCCACCCCCACUGAAUAUACCUUUGGCAGAGGGUCAUAGAUUAGCAGACCACGCUAAGGCUAGCAUUAACUAACUCCAAGCUUUACCAUAAGCUAAGCACUGGAUCUUUCUGGCAGUUAGGAAACCCAUAAACAGUGACUUAGGAGGUUAAGGCAGAAUUUUAAAUGUGUUAAAGUCCAUUACUGUCAGUGGCACUUAAAUUUUUACUUUAUUCACGGAGAAUCUCCUUUUGCUGAGGACUGAUCCAAUUUAAUGUGAGUUGCUGCAUGUGAACAAAAGGUUUGUGAGUUUAAAUUGAAAAUGUCAAGAAGAAAGUACUCAUUUUCUGUUUAUGUUCCAUAUGACUGAGGGAAAUAGAUCUGAUUUAGCCAUUAAAAUUUUGGACAUGACUCUGAAUUCAGUCAUCUUAUCAGGCUCAUCCUUUUAAAUAACCACUUUUUUUUUUUUUUUUUGAGACAGGGUCUCCCUAUACACAUCCCCAAUCCCCGGCCUGGAGCUAACUAUGGUAGACCAGGCUGGCCUCAAUCUCAUAUCUGCCUGCCUUUGAGUGCUGCGAUUGAAGGUACACAUCACUGAGCCUGGCUCAUGUCUUAUCUGUAAAUCAUUUUAUGGCACCAUAUAAACUAAUAGUUGAUGACUUUAUUUCAUCUUGGAUGGAAAUUGCUAAAUCAUAAUUCACAUGCAGAUACCUAAUGUUCCUGCACCAGUCAGAUCAUAGGCUUCUCUGUGGUGGUUUUACAAAUUAUGAAGGACAUUAGAGGCAAUAGUAUUGGAUUUUGUGUUUUGUUUCUUCAGGAACUGGUGCUCUAAAUUAUUUAAAAGAUUAAAUGAAUUUGAUGAAUUUGUAAUGGAAGACUUAAUGAACAAAUACCUUCUAGUAGCACCUUGUCUAGUUUGAACCCUUUCAUUUCAGCUCCUGUGCAUUCUUCCAGCUGUAGCACUGUUUCAUGUAGGGAUGUGGUAUGGUCGUAAAUAGCAGAACUUAAAAUUUCUAACACGUAUUUCUUCCACCUUAAAAAAUUGACAGGAAAAAAGGACAAGAAAAACUGACAGGAAAGAAGAAAAAUAUUUUCCCCCUUAGAUUUUUAACAGUGACAUUGGUUAUCUAAUCUGCUCUUUAGGGCUUGCACGCCUUUAGUCCAGCAGAGGCAGGCGGAUCUCUGUGAGUUCAAGGCCAGCCUGUUCUACAUAGUGACUUCCAGGCCAGCUGUGGCUACAGGAAGACCCUGUCUCAAAAAAGGCAAAAAAAAACAACUAGAAAGUCCAAAAGAAAGGGCCUGGGAUUCAUAUUACAAAAAGGAGUUUUGCCAUGAAAAAUUCUGCAGAUGGCCCAGAGUGAGGAGAUUCACAAGUACUUUAAAAGUUCACCUAUGUUAGGGUUGGGCACACUCCUUUAAUCCAAGCACUCAUGAGGCAGAGGCAGGCAGAUCUCUCAGAUUGAGGCCAGCUUGGUUUACUUAGCAAGUUCCAGGCAAGCCAGGGCUACAUAGUGAGACCCUGUCUCAAACCCAAAAAAGGUUAUUUAUGUUAAUUUCACAUACAGUUUGGAAACUUUUGAUACUCAGAAACAACUUUUUAAAAGUCAGUUUUAAAUAUUUAAUAGUGGAGGUAAUUAUUUGAUUAUAAAUUUAGUUUUUAAAAUAAGAAUGAUUAAGACCUAAUUUGAGUCCUAGAAAUUCCUUUCUUGGUAGUGUAUUACAUUUAACAAAAUUCCAACAGCCCUGGUUGCUCACACCUUUAGUCCCAGCACUGGGGAAGCAGAGGCAGGCGGAUCUCUGAGAUUGAGGCCAGCCUGGUCUACAUAGUGCUAGGCCAGCUGGGGCUACGGGGAGACCCUGUCUCAAAAAGAAAACAAAAAAUUCCAUCUCUGAUGAGGUAUGGAAGGAAGGUUGUUUUAAUGUCCUCCACCAUUUAGCAGAAAUAUGGGAAUAUGAUUCAAGAUAAGCGAUCCAGAAAAUGUAGUCUGUAUUGUAACAGUGAUAGUGGUUAUAUGAUCUGGUCUCUUUAAGGAUGUUUAAGAAAGUGCAACCUAAAAAGGUGAAAGUAUUUGCCUUUGUAGACAAAUUACAUAUACAAAAUUAUUUGAUUGUGACAGUAUUUCUACUAUACUAUUUAUUACUCUUCAUUACCUGAGUCUUUUAGGGAUCAGUGGAACCAAAAAAAGUUCUUACAGGCAAGUGACCUGGAAUUUGUGCUAAUGACUAAAAAGGUAAGAGUGCUAAGCAACCUUCAUGAGUUAUCAAGGAUUUGUCCAACUAGUUUUCUGUGAAAUUAUGUCAUAUUUUGCCAUACACAUAAUCCCGUGUUCUCUUUGAGGGCCCACUAUGAAGUUCUUAAGGCUGGAGAACCCACAGGUGCUGAGAGUUUGAAAUCUUUGAGAGAGUACUGGAGCAUCAGAUUUGUCAUUGGUUGGUUUUCAGAUACUGCUAAUCUUUGAUUUAAAUAAGUUUCUGUGAACUUCGGUUUGGGGGUUUUCAGUUACUAUUUGUGGUAGGUUGUGUGGGCAGCCGACAUCUUUCCAUCAAGUAUGUUUUGGCCUAAGAUAAUAACUAGACUUUAAGGUGGUUGGUGCCUGCUGGCCAAAUCACAUGAACUGCCUUUGUACAGCCUGAAUCUAGAAAUGUUUAAAGCUCAUGAGUAGUUCCCAAGUUCUGGGAUACAGUUGGCCUUUCAUGUGUUCCAUGUCCAGGAGUCAACCAGUAACAGGUGAAAAUGUUUGAAAAAUAAUGCAUUCUACCUAAAAAUUACAGACUUUGUUAUUUCAUACAUAGCACUGGUAUCAUAUUAGGUUAUGGGAGCUGACAUGUAAGGGAGGGUGUAUAAAUACUGUGCCUUUUUAAUGUAAGGCUUGAGUAUCUGCGGGUUUGGAUAUCCACAAGGAGUCCUGGCCCCAAUCCUCCAAGCAUAUUAGGGAUAAGUGUCUGGGCCUUUACAGGCAACUAGGAUUUUAAGCCAUUAUUCAUGGUAUGCAUCAAGUAGGGACUAUUUGUUCCCUCUUUAAGUGAGGUAUAAGCCUCUUGUACACAGUUUACUAAUACAGCCUUUCAUUAUGGCUGCAGCUGAAUAUUUUUUCCAGUGUUAAAGAGAGUGAACCAGCCAUGUGGUCUACAACAGUAGACCUCUAUAACGAGCCUGAACAGCAAUAAAAGAUAAAAAUGUAAA